CGGUUUUCCACUGAACGGACAAAACAAAAACAAAACACAAACUCGUGUCGAAUAAAACAAAACUGCAACUUUUUGGAAACUUUUUGAAGACUGGCGUGUUUUGCGACAGUUGCAGUUUUGUUUAUCGUGUCCCGUUCGGUAGCGGUAAACAUCAAAAGGUUUCGACAUGUUUUGAAACUGUAGCCUGUUUUAGUCUGUUUAGUGGAAACAGUCGUGUUUUGUUCUCUUGUUUUUAUACUUGUAGCCAACAAGGUUAAUAAUAUAAUAAUAAUAUAAUAUUAAUAUAACCAGCCAGGUUAUCAAUAUUUGUUGAAUUGAACCAAAUUGUAGAUCAUGUCUGAAGGUGGUAAAAAGGAGUGGACUACUGAAGAAAUUUGUACCCUCAUAGAUGCCUUGAGGGAACAUAGAAAUUUGUGGUACCCAAGGGAUGCCAACUAUAAAAAUAGGAUUGCAAAAGUGGAUUCACAUAAACAAAUUGCCCAAUUGUUUGACACCAAUUACCUGGAAAUAGCCAGAAAAAUAAAAAACAUAACGUCACAAUACCUACGUGAAAGAAGAAACUAUAAAAAAAUAAAAAAAUCUGGCGCGGGUCAGAAUUUUAUACCCAGGUGGUUUGGUUAUAACGCAAUGAGUUUUAUGCAUGAUAAAAAUAAACCAAGAAAAGGCGUUCAAAUCGGUGGAGAAUAUGAGGAAAGUGAAUCUUCAGAUGACGACCCUCAAACGGAGACCCAAAAUUCUGUUGACAUCCAUGACCUCGAGGAUGAACCUGAAAGAUCUAAAGUUGAAAACUCUGCUACACCAUUGGAAACUGACAAGUUUUGUAUGCAAAAUGCUUCAACCUCAAAUGCACCUGAAAAUGAGUUUACAUCAAAAAACCAACCCAAAAAGAAAACCAAUAGAAAUGUGGAGAAAGACAAUGAAAGUGAAAGCACACAAGUAUUUAAUAUGAUGAAAUCAGUAUAUGAAAAAAAAGAGCGUGAUGAAUAUGACGUAUUUGGAGAGAUGGUAGCUAAUAAUAUUAGAAGCUUAAAAACUGAAUACUCAAGGAUUACUGUGCAACAGCAGAUUACAAAUAUAUUGUUUGAUGCUCGCAGGUCCCACCUUCCACAAAGCAGUUGCACCCCAAUGCCUUCACCUUCCACACCGUCAUGGGCUGUCAUAUCUGACAAUUCAUCAGCAAGUGCAAUGUCAGGACAGAAAGUUCAAGUAAUUACUUUAAGCGAGACAAAUGAUUUCAACCCAAUACAAGGAGAGACAAGUAUUUUAAAAGAAGCUUUUUCAUCACUUUUUCAGGACAUUAAUUAAAAAAAUAUGUAUUAAAAGUAAGUUAAAAUGUAUUAAUUUCGUUUUUCUUCUUAAUAAUCAGAAAUAAAUAAAA